AUGUUGGAAACGAGUAAAAGCAACGUCUUGCACUCACUAUGGACGGAUAAACGGAACCAGGACGCGUUAAACGACGAGAUUAGACUUCAAUGUUUCGCAAUACUUCCAAAGACGGGAUUGAACACCUACGUGAAGAUUAACUUACAUACCCGACGACGAUAA